UGGUGGUCAAUAAGUUAUCAAGCUGAAGACCCCAGCGAACUUUCAUCGAAUCCGUUAUCGUUUGUUGCCAAUUACCUUUAACCUAAACCCACCAAAACGAUCCAGUGCGUGUUGCCAGGCCUUCGAAAUGCCGCUUUUCCAUCGUCGAGAUUUACAUGAAACUGAAGAGCGGUCGGAUGACCCGUUUUGCAACCCGGAAAAUCCCGUCAAGAUCACUUUUGAGGAAAUCACAUCGGCGGCCUACAAAAUCAGGAGCGGCAUCAAGAACACGCCAUGUGAGUUCUCGCACAUUUCCCAACUGACUGGCAUGAGCAUUUUCCUGAAAAAGGACUUCUUGCAACACACCGGAAGCUUUAAAGAGCGCGGCGCUCGCUACGCCUUGUUGAAGCUGAGCGACGAGGAGAAGAGCAGGGGGGUGAUAGCAGCAUCGCUAGGCAACCACGCCCAAGCCGUUUGCUACCACGGCCACCAGCUGGGAAUACCCGUGACGGUAGUCAUGCCCCUCAUUGCUCCCAUUAUGAAAAUUCAAAAAUGCCGCGAGUACCAUGCGAAUGUCAUUAUCGAGGGAAAAGACAUGGCGGAGGCAAAGCAAGUGGCCUUCAAAAUAUCGAAGGAACGAGGCCUCAUCUACAUCAACGGAUACGAUCAUCCGCAUAUCAUCGCCGGGCAGGGAACCAUCGCCCUGGAGAUUCUGGAACAGGUUCCGGACAUUGAUGCCAUUGUGGUGCCGACGGGGGGUGGAGGCCUGCUGGCUGGGGUCUCUGUUGCCGUCAAGAUGCUCAACCCCAGCGUAAAAGUGAUCGGAGUCGAGUCGGAGCGCUGCGCCAGCUACUCGCAAGCCAUGGCCAAUGGAGGGCCGACUUUCACACCAAUAGAAGGCACGCUGGCUGAUGGUUUGGCUGUGCCCGAAGUCGGCUACAAUGCCUGGGAAACUUCCCGAAAUCUCCUGGAUAAAUUGGUGGUGGUGAAAGAAGAGUACAUAGCUUUGGCGAUCUUGCGCUUUAUCGAGAACGAGAAAUGUGUGGUGGAGGGGGCAGGCGCCUGCGGGUUGGCCGCAAUCCUUUCCGGCCAAUUGGAAGAAUUCAGAGGCAAAAGGCUCGUGCUGAUCCUGAGCGGAGGCAACAUCGACACGACCAUCCUGGGCAGGUGCCUGGAACGGGGCCUAGCGGCCGAUGGGCGUCUUGUAAAGUGCCGAGUUACAGUCAGCGACCGUCCCGGGGGCAUUUGCGAGCUGUGCAAAAUGGUCAGCUCCAUCGGCGUCUCCAUUAAAGAUAUUGUCCAUGAACGGGCUUGGGUGGCUUCCGAUGUGUUCAGCGUCGAGGUGAUUGUGGUGUGCGAAACGCGCGACUACACGCACAGUGUGCAGCUACGCGAACUGCUCCAGUCCAAGUACAAGAAAUUUGAGUUUGAAAACUUCCCCAACGAACAGUCGCUGGUUGCGCCAUUCACUCAGGACCUUUUUUCUAUGCCUUAGUAGGUACUAUUAUUUACCUGAGCACUACCUAUACAAAUAGUUUAAAGCAUUGCUAACUUGUAAUCUUUAGCGAGCAGCAACGAGCGAUUUUUACAGCCUAUAGAAGACACUUCAGACUAAAAUAAACGCUUUCAAGCAAACUCAA